UGCAAGGACAAGCAUGCUAUGAAUGCUGCAAAACUAGGCAUUGACCCCCUGUGGCGAUGUCUGUGUCCAUCAUGGACCUCCCUCGCAACUGCACCACCCGUGCGCCUCCUCUCCCGUCCGCGACGUCCAGCCGUCCAAUGCCUCAAACCUCCGACCUCCACGAGAUUCAUGACCGAUGAGGCAGCGCGCUACUACGCCUCUCGGGCCGUCGACGAUGGAAGAACAGACGAUGUACUGAGCGUUCUGGCAGACUCGCCGCUGCCAGCGCCGCCUCGAGUCAAAUCCCCACGAUUCAAACGCCCCCAACCCUCGCUCGAUGACUACUCCGUGGAAGCACUCUACCGCCGUCUGCAGAGCUUGAGUGUUGAAGAGAGCAAGGGGCAGCAGUGUCGCGAGAUUGCAGAACACCUCGUGACUGCGAGACAAGAGGCGCCAAACUUGCUGAUGUACAAUGCCUUGAUUCUCAGCAACGUUUCGGCCGGACAGGGCUCGGCUCAGAGGGUCUAUGAAUUGCUCGAUCAGAUGGGGGCGGAUGGGUUGCAGCCGGAUGUGCAGACGUGUCAUGCCGUGCUGAAAGUCGCGGCGGUGCACUCUGACCACCUCCUGCGAACGGGCGUGUUGGCAUACAUGGGUGAGAGGUGGUUGGAAUUGUCUGUGGACGGCGCACACGAUUUGGUGGGGGGAUUGUUGAGGGAGGGUCGCUUUGAGCAAGCUGUGGAGAGGCUGGACAAGAUGCGAGAGGAUAAUGUGCCCAUUCAGCCCUGGCUGCUGGAUAUGAUGGUCUAUGCCCUCUGUGCAGCGAAUGAGGUCUCCGAGGCGUACCGGAUCAUGCGCUGGCGUGUUGAUGCCCACGAGACAGAGCUCAGCAGGACACUGUGGUCUUUUCUGCUCGACAAAGCUAGUGCGGCGCGACAUCAUGCCGCCACAGCAAUGGCCUGGUCGAGUCAGGUCGUGCAAAAGUACAUCAAUCCUUCCUCGGCGGUUUGUCUCAAUGUCCUGGCCACCGCUGCGCAGGCCGGAGAUGCUAUCAUGGCGACCGAGGUCUUCACACAACUGAGCAAGCGUGGUACCACAUUCGAACCGAUCCACUACGAAUUGCUCAUCUCCGCGUAUCUGGCAAUGAACCCACCUGAUGUUGAGAGAGCAAUCACCGUCCUCACCAUCAUGGCGUUGGAGAAACUCGACCCCUCGGCGACAGAGACCCGCCCUCUCUACCUCUGCCUCCGCGACAGACCCGAUCUCAUCCCUCGAGCUCUGCAAGUUCUACGCAAUCUGCACACCCAAAACCGCAUCAUCCCCGUCGCCGCUCUCAACGUCUUGAUCGAGUGCUACGUCGAGCAGGGCAACCUAUUGGAAGCGCUCAAGAUCUACAAGCAGAUGCAUACAUUCGCGCCGAAUACCGACAACGCGAGGAAGUCGAUAGCGGACAUUGAGACGUUCAACUUGCUGAUCAGAGGAUGUAAUCGCGCUGAUCCACCGGAUACGGAGCAGGCUACGUUCUUGCUUGCAGAGCUGCUCGCGUUGGGACUGAAGCCGACGGCUCUGACAUAUGAUCGUCUGGUCCUCGUCUUCGCCAAUGCGGGAAUGAAACUGAUCGAUGGAGCUGCCGAAGAAAUUGAACCCGGGAAACAAGCUACGAACAAAGCAGAAGGGCUCAAACUCAUGGAUACAGCCUACGGCCACUUCGCAGACAUGCGAGGCCAGAAUCUGCCCCCACGCUUCGGCACGGUAGAGUCUUUGAGCGCUCAGCUUGCUCGUCUGGGCGAUGAGCGGUGUUGGGACGUAUUGCAGGCUGGCGAGGACAGUUCGAAGGGGGAUGAUGCGUGGAGUAAGUUGGGGCCUUGGGCACGGAAGAACGCGGAGGAGGCGUGGGCGCGUGCUAUGGGGACGUCGCCUCGUAAGCCUUGAAGCCGUUUGGUCGAGUUCGAGUAGACAAUGCAUAGGCUGUGUGCUGUGCAAGACGGUUCAAGCAGCCUUGCUUGAUGUCACGACCCGGCUGCAUGUGGGCGUGGUAGGCUGCUUGUCUACCCACCUACAUCUAAGCAUGCACGGUUUGCGUACAUAUACAUUAUUGUUUCCGAGUUAUGACCGCGGAUUCGAUGCAAAUCACUCC